CCGUCAAGACGGCCGCGAUGGACGAGCCGAACGUCGACACGGACCGCAUGCGCCACCUAGCGUGCAUCGCGACUGCCGUCAUGGAGCCUGCACUCGUGAAGAACGAGCACCUGUCGCCAACGUCGCCGGCGGAUGUGACCCGCGCGACAUUCCCCCGCAUCAAACCGCCUCCGUCAACUGCAUCGUCCUACAACACGCCCUUUCACUCGUUUGACAACGUGGCUGCACCUAAUCCACCGGGUACCCUUCCAUCGCUUCAUCUCCGCCAUCACCACCCGUAUCCGCACACUCCACUACAAGAAAAGCAAGCACAACAUCUGCUAUGGAAAGCGCAGGAGCAGGAGCUCAUGCGCCGACAACGACAAAUCAUUGAACUCAAAGAAAAACAACAGGCUAUCCGGCGACGCGCCGCCGCGGCGGUCGCGGCAUCCGCGGCCAACCGCAACACAUCUACGUCCGGCUCUCGCAAAGGCGCUCCUCAGCACCAUCUCCAGGAAUUGUUCAUGCAACAACAACGAGAGCAACGAGAAAAAGAAGAAGCAAUGCGUCGGAACCUUGUCCAUCUCAACUACCACCGCAUGCUUGCCGAUGAAGGGCUCGAGCGACACCAUCAUGAAAAGUCGACCCAAGCCACAAUGCAGCAAGCCUACCUCGUCGCUCAGAAGGCGACGGUGUUCGACGCAGCAAUUAUUCACGGCAGUGCCUCAGCCCCAUCUAUUCGCCAACGCUUGUCAUCACCAUCGGCAUUAGCCCCCGUGAAGAUGCUUUCCCCUUCAGCAUACUCCCAUGACGCAGUUGGUGCUUCUUCGUCCCCGUUGCCAAUGCACCAAGAUGGACAUUCGCAGCGUUUUUCGCCCAUUGCAUCCCUCGUCGACGCCAGCCACUCGAUCCUUCAAUACAUGCUCCCUCCCGUAGUGCCGCACCGCGCUGGGCAAAACAUCAAGGACGUGUCGCUGAACGAGCUUCGUCCGCACUUCAACAAGCCCAUGGCGGCCGUGGCGAAAGAACUCGGAGUGUGCAUCACGCUCAUGAAAAAGAUCUGCCGCAAGAACGGACUCACGCGGUGGCCGCACCGUCGCAUUCGAAGCCUUGUGAAUCGCAUUACGUCGCUACAAGUAGUCGCGGAGAGCGUCGACGGCGGCGAACGCAACCGAUUCCACAUCCUGAUUGCAAACCUUCGCAAGGAACUCAGCGACGUGAUUCAAAACCCCAAUGGAAAAAGCCGCAAAGCACGGGGGUACGAGCGAAAGAAGGAAAACGCAGGCGAAAACGACCACAGCGACGACGGUGACCAGUCUAGCAACAGCAGCAGCAGCCGGCCGGCAACUCCCCGUGACGUGGACGAUGAGGAAGAUGAGGUCGACUUGUGUUGCCAGGAAGAACUGGACGGCAGCGGACCAGGCGCAGCGAUCCCUGGACGGAUCAUGCUGCCCUUCCAGGGUAGUGGAAAACCAUCCCUGCCGUCGCUCUUUCACGCGGCUCGUGAAGCGUAAGAAUUAGAUGCAGUAACGUGGAGUUGCAUGGUUUCGGUA